AUGGCACUAGUCACGCUUCUCGCAUCGUGCAUCUAUCUCGCUAGCAUGGCGAAUGCCUUGGCCGUGACACAGUCCAGCAGAGAUAACUUCCAGGGGGAUGUGGAUCAGUUCCUGGGGAUGCGAUAUGCGCAGGCACAUGUCGGUGAACUCAGGUUUAGAGCGCCACGGGAGCCAGAGUACAAGUACGAAGAACAAGACGCCUCCCAGUUUGGUGCUCUCUGCCCGGCUACCGGACAGCAACCUGGCAAUGGUCUAGAUGAGGACUGCCUUUUUGUCAAUGUGGCGGAUACGCAGCAAUGGGGAAUCCAAAACUAUAACGGCACAGAAAUCAUUCGGUCUUCCGGUGACAACAUGAUAGUAGUCUUGUUCAACUACCGCGUUGGCGUCCUUGGGUUCCUCGCCAGUAACUGUUUAGGGCACGAUGCAGACUUAAAUGUCGGCCUUCUCGACAAACGCCAGCUAUUUCUCUGGUUCGGCGGCGAUCCAAGCCAUGUUGUCAUACAAGGCUCGUCAGCUGGAGGUGGCUUCGUACGCCAUCACCCCACGACCUACAGAGGCCGCGACAAAGAGCGCUCUUUCGUCGGAGCAAUCCUGGAGAGUCCGUUUCGGCCAACACUUCGAACUGUCUCGGAGAUCGAGUUCCAGUAUCAGCGGUUGAUGGGAUCGACAGGCUGCUCGUCUGUGGGCUGUCUACGAAAUAUGAACAUUUCUUCUCUCCAGGCAGCGAGCGGUGGCUCUGCCUUUCCUGACACCACACCUGCCGACCCACUACCGCUUUUCUACUGGCUAUCCGUCAUUGAUGGUAAAUUGAUCCCCGACCAACUCCAUACCCUCUUCGCGGCCGGCCAGUUCGCCCAUAUGCCCAUGCUCGUGGGCCAUGUUGCCAACGAGGGCUCAUGGUUUGCCAACAAUGCGUCUAGCGCCGCGGAGGUCUCUUCUUUCCUUCGCUCCAACUACCCACACCUCAAAAGAGACCCAGUGAGAAGAGAUCAAUCGCAAGGGCCAACCGGAAAGGAAAGACCUCUCGGUGCAACCAAGGAGAGCAUUAUCGGUUGGAAGGGACAAGGGUCAUGCUCCGAUGCAGACGCCCACCUGGCCGAAGCCGAUAAUCAGUCACAACGCGAACGACCUGGUAGCUACUGUACUUUCCCCACGGGCAGGAUCCACGGUGCUCUUUAUUUCCGUCCACCAGGUUCCUGCACGCUUUUCCUUCGGCUGACGCCCGUGGAGGGCAUCAAUGUGGGAAUAGUCGCGCUUCACGGCCCCUGUAGCAUUCACUUCAGCCACUACAUCAUACUCCGCAUGGACCGCUGUUGCAUCAGCGACUUCUUCAGUUACAUUGAACAGGGGCGUUGCCAGCUGCAUGACAGGUGGCUGGUCACGACGAUUCCAGAUUUUGGUUCCUGGUUUCAAAUUUAA